AGUGAUGACUUGAUGCCUGGUUGACCCUGAAGGUCGGUCUCCCGAAGGACUAGAACACUUUCGUCCAAGCCAGUGAUAUGCUAGAAGUGCAUUGAAGGAGGUCGAAAAUGUCGACGAAGCCAAUGAAUUCAGACGCAUUGCCGAGAGCGAAAUCGUUGUCUCAAAUGGAUUUCUUAAAAGUUAACCAAGAGCUAGAGGAUGGUUUGUUUCCAAACCACGAGGGAAUCCACCAUGCAUCUGAUCAAUCGGCGCCUACCCCUGGCUCGUCCCUGAGUGUUCGAACCCAAGGGCCCACUUCCCCCCUUCAACCGACCUUGGCUCCCACCCUUCCGAGUACGCAGUUCCAGUCCCACUCCUGGUUUUCAAACACGGGGAUAUCAAGGAAGAAGGAGAAGAUCGCUCUCGCCGAGUCAUUCCCCAUUGAUUAUCCGGGUGGAAUGAAACCGGUUGCCCCUCAAUUCGGUGUUUUGCAUGGGACAGCUAUCACUGGAGAUAAAAGUCGACUUCAGAAAUUGAUUUUGGGCGACUUUUGUGACAUUGAUCAAAGAGACAAGUUUGAUCGGACGCCUUUGAUGUUUGCUGUCCUCGGGGAUUACCCCGAGUGUGUGGAUGUCCUACUUAAGCACGGAGCCGACCCUCAUUUACAGGACCGGUCUGGUCGCACCGCCCUUCAUUGGGCGGUUCACCACGGUCACUUUGGUUGCGUCAAGUCCAUUCUGAGUAAAACGACCGUGGGAUGGUCCGAAGUGGAUCAAGGAGGCGUGACCAUAUUGCAUUUAGCCACGCGACAUCCUUUGAAGAAGGGUCUUCAAACUGUUUUCAAGCACUUCACUAUCGGGCCUGGUGAGAUCGACGUCCAAGACAAAAAUAAGCGCACGCCAUUACAUUGGGCCUGUUCUUUGGGUCAUUAUGAGUGUGUUCGACUCUUACUCAAAGCGGGUGCCCAACAGACCUUAAUUGAUGUAGAAGGGAAAACACCCUUUCAUUGGGCAGCCUCGAGUGGAGGAUUGGCCUUAUUACCCAAAAACCUCGCUAACAAGGAAUUUGACCCUGAAAAAUGCAUCCAAUUGCUCCUCGAGUCGUCCACGCAGGUUCUGAAUUGGCAAGAUUACGAGGGACGUAUGGCCCUUCAUUUAGCCAUUGCUGACAGUGGCGAGGAGGUGGUGCAGGCUCUACUGGAAAAUGAUCGCACCCAGAUCAAUGCCCUGGAUAACAAUUGUCGCUCCCCAUUGCAUUGGGCUGCCAUAUUGGGCAAACAUCACGUGAUAACGGCCCUUUUGGACCAGCAGGCCCUGUUUCGAAGCCAAGAUGCUCAUGGAGCCACGCCAUUACACUACGCAGUGUCUGCGGGGCAUAUUAAUGCGGUUGAAACCCUCAUGAGGAGACCUGAGGUCUUGGAUAAUCCCGAUUUCAGUGGAAGGACAGCCUUGAUGUGGGCGGCCGGCCUUGGCUCCGAUUUGGCUAUCCUUCAAGCUUUGAGUCGACAUGGAUCUGACUUGAAACACACAGAUAAUCUUGGCCUUAGUGCCUUGCAUAUAGCAGUCACUGAAAAUCGACCAGAGACCGUAAAGCAUCUUCUAAAACUGGGAGCUGACGCGAAUGAGACGACCUAUUUGGGCCAGAGCUCGAUUCAUAUCGCAGCUCAAUUUGGGCAUUGUCGGGUAGCUCAAACCUUGAUGGAGCAUGGUGGUUGUUCGUUUGAUCAAACCGAUGUCCAUGGAUGGCACGCCCUUCAUUGGGCGGGUCAUGCAGGCCAAGCUUCGAUCAUAGAGGCCUUGUUCGAUUUUAAGUCCGAUUUGGUGCCCAACCUGCGAGACGAAUUUGGGCGGUCACCUCUGAUUUUGGCCGCCUUCGGCGGAUACAUCGAAAGCAUGCAAGCUUUAUUGAAAAGGGGGGCUGAUGUAAAUUUGCGAGACAACGAAGGGAUGUGUGCACUACAUUGGGCAACCCGCAGAGGUCACUUGGAUGCAGUCCGUCUUCUCCUAGCCUCGGGAGCCUUUCCCAACCAUAUUGCCGCUCAUCGUGAUGAGGUCGAGAAUGGAAAUGCAAUUCCUCGGAAUGAACACGCAAUCCAAGAGCAAAGGCCAACUUUGGUGGCCCGGAGAUCCUCGUGUUCUUCGUGCGGAUCAAAGUCGUCAAAACAUUCGCAUGAUGAAGUCUUGACUAUAAGCAGAAAUAAGGAUAAUGUAUCGUGCCUUUUGCCCGGCCGUCAGUGGGACCAGUUUACUCCCUUGGAUUCCGCCAUCAUGGGCGAGUUCAAAGAGAUUAUUGCUUGCCUUCUGGCAAACAAAGGUCUCACUUUGAUCCGCAUUCAAAAUAUUGCGGCAACUCGACUUCAAGCCUUCUUUCGAGGAGCCAGGAUUCGAAAAUGUUUUAACAGCCACAAAUCUCUGCUCUUGAAGCACGAGCAAUUACGAGCACAGAAGCGAGGAGGACGCGGUGGGCCCAGAAGAGCCCACAUUUCGACCUCAAGGCCCAAGGGUGAUAAUGAUCCAUCUGGAACGAGUUGUACUCUUCCCUCUUCUUCGAUGGGUGUUUUAAGCCGUGGCCAAGCUAAUCAAAAUCAAAAUCUCGUGGAAAAACUUGGUGACCAUGAUAAUCAUGAGAUGUCAGAACAAGACUCGAAGCUUCUUGAUAUUGGAGGCACAUUCUUGAGCCACGUGGUUGAAGUGACAGGCAAGUCAGCGUAUGUCAGGCGAGUGCCUCAAGGCCAAGAUCUACCUUUAAUGCCCACAACUGUGCCCACAACGGCUUGUUCAGAGGACGACACCAAAAAGGCUCGUUCCAAGUCGAAUAGUGGAUCAAAUUCUUCCGGCUCGCCUCGUGCUGGAGGGGCUGUGACUAGAACUGGGACUCAUGUGGAACAUCAUUUGCGCGGUUUGUCACUUUCAGCCGUUACGGGGAAGAAAAUUGAUCUACAAACAACCCGAAGUCACUCCAUGGAUGCAAUGAGCGUGCCCAAAAAAGAUCAGAAAUACUCGUACAACAUGCCUUGAGAUCAGCCAAAUGGAACCAGUCGUUUGUACUGUAACAUUUGUGUCUUGGAUUUAGAACUAAAUCAUCGCCAUGGUUGCUAGCAAUUACAAAAAGAGACCCGCUAUUGCGUUCAAUUUCCGAUGCUUUCAAAGUUUGGCGAGGAACUUCUGUGGUACAAAAACCGAUUGCGUCAACCCUGGUCAAUUGCAGCAUGUGCCAUUAAUGUCUGUUGUAUUCGGACAUUUAGGCAAGCGCUGGUACCAGCAAACAAACUUGCCUGCCAAUGCCAGUGAUGCAAAAUUGGCGUUUCAAACUGGUUUUAACGAAGCUGACCUUUCCUCAUAUAGCAAUGUGAAAGAAGGAUCAGCUUCUCAAAAACGUGUUUGAAGCCCCAAACAUGCAUCACUGCCACUGGUACCAGCAAACAAAGGUACCUGCCAGAGCUUGCCUAAACGUCCCCAUGUCCCUGACAGUUAAAGAAAACGCGUAUAGACACAUGAAAGCGAACAAGAGUUGGAUAUUUAAGUCAGCAACUAUAUGUACAUUUUGGAAGUUUUACAUUCCACGGGUGGAAUAGAACCACACACACCUCGAAGUACUAGCCUUUGCAGUAAAACAUCUUAUUUCGUGCCAAUAGUGAGGACAGACCAUCGCUUGUCUCAUCAUAUUGAUAUUUUUUUUGCUCAGCCUUGAUUUUUUCUUCGCUACCCAAACUCUGUCUCUGCCUCUUUUUUAUACAUUGUGUUAAAAGUAGGAUUUGCAAUGAAUGAUAAAACAUAGGAAAAUGCUCAAAGAAUAGAGAUGAAGUUUUUGAAGCACAACAUGCGUAACCCGGGGGUAAGCGACGAGGCGACGAUUAUAAUUUCUUAACAAAUAAACCUUGUAAAAAAGCUAGUUAUAAUGUUUCCCAAUCACUUUUCUUCAAGUCGUACUUUUGAUUUAAAAAACCGAGCUAGCAGCUCACUGAUUUCAAGGCAUGUUUUGUUUAAUAUAGAUGGACACUGGUUGAGAUUGCCUUGUAGUAUAUAUUGUACAAAUUGCAUGUGCUCUGUAUACAGAAGACUCCCAAAUUCCUUGCAAGAAGCAAAUCCGUCAGAAGGCCGUGAAAUCGAAUUUAACCUUGAACCUAACAAGGACUGCUUGUUUCAAGAGCCAGAAAACAUCGGUACACUCGAUUCCAAAUGGAAGUGCUCAGUCAGUGUAACGAAUGCCAAAAAAGCAACUCCUGAUUUGGGAGUUGCGUCUCCAAGUUGGUUCGAUGUUCUGUGAGAACUCCUAGAUCCUGGCCUUCGCAACACUUGAAUGCGUGCAUGUAUUUGUAGUACAUAGUGAGUGGUUAGUUGAAACGGUGGUUGGAGUGAGAUUUAUGGUAAUCGUAAAAUCAGACAAAUUACAAGGAUUUUGGACAUUUUUCUUGCCGUUGUAGAUCAUAUCAGUCUAGUGUUACCUGUAUUAACUGUGAAUGUGUCGGUGUCAGACUCAUUGAAAGGCAGACAUUUGACUUUUGUGGUUAUUUUGUGGUUACGAUUGCAGAAUAAGUGUUUGCCCAAAUACCAAGACUUCUUGUUGCGGUUUUCUUUGUAAAAAAACCAUAAGGAACAACUUUUGUAAAAAUGCAUUUUUGAAAGUAUCUCAUAUGAGUAUAUGAAAUGCAUUAUGAGGUAUCAUUGUCCAAAACCUAGUCAAACAA